AUGGCGUGGGUGAAUUCCGGUAUGCAGGCGCUGAUACCUGUGAUCAACAGGGUUCAGGAUGCAUUUACACAACUCGGCACCAAUGUCAGUUUCGACUUGCCCCAAAUUGCCGUCGUUGGUGGCCAGAGUGCCGGUAAAUCAUCAGUACUCGAAAAUUUCGUCGGAAAAGACUUCUUGCCUCGAGGUUCCGGCAUUGUAACCAGACGGCCAUUGGUUCUACAAUUGAUACAAGAUCGCAAUGAAUAUGCCGAAUUUCUGCACAAGAAGGGACACAUGUUCACCGAUUUUGAUGCGGUUAGGAAAGAGAUUGAGGACGAGACGGAUCGUGUGACCGGAGUGAACAAGGGAAUCUCACCGAUGGCCAUUAAUCUCCGAGUCCACUCACCAAAUGUCCUAAAUUUGACGUUGAUCGACUUGCCUGGAUUGACCAAGGUGCCCGUCGGUGACCAACCAGCCGAUAUCGAGCAACAGAUCCGUGACAUGAUCUUGCAAUACAUCACUCGUGAAUCUUGCCUAAUCCUUGCUGUCACCCCGGCCAACAGUGAUCUGGCCACUUCCGAUGCCCUAAAGCUGGCCAAAGAGGUCGACCCUCAAGGUCUUCGCACCAUCGGUGUCCUCACAAAGCUCGAUCUGAUGGACGAAGGGACUGAUGCAAAGGAAAUCCUUGAAAACAGACUCUUCACGCUGCGACGAGGAUAUGUUGGUGUCGUCAACCGAGGCCAGAAAGAUAUCACUGGCCGUAAGGACAUCAAAUCUGCGCUUGAAGCCGAGCGGAAAUUCUUUUUAUCUCAUCCCUCAUAUCGGCAUAUGGCUGAUCGUCUCGGAACCCCAUACCUGCAAUAUACCCUCAAUCAACAACUGACAAAUCAUAUUAGGGAUACACUGCCCUCACUUCGUGAUGCCCUUCAAAAGCGACUAUUCCUUCUAGAAAAAGACGUGGCUGAAUACAAGAAUUUCCAGCCGAAUGAUCCUUCCAGAAAAACAAAGGCCCUCAUGCAAAUGGUGCAACAAUUCACGCGUGACAUCGAGCGUUCCAUUGACGGCUCAUCAGCCAAUAUGGUAUCGACAAAUGAGUUGAGCGGUGGUGCUCGCAUCAACCGUAUCUUCCACGAGCGUUUCCCAUUCGAGAUUGUGAAGAUGGAAAUUGACGAGAAGGAAAUGAGACGGGAGAUUCAGUUCGCGAUUAGGAAUAUUCAUGGUGUUCAAGUUGGCCUAUUCACUCCUGACAAGGCCUUCAAAUUCAUCGCAAAGAAACAGAUCGGCCGUCUUCGUGAACCAUCCCAGAAAUGUGUUGACCUCGUUGUUGGAGAGUUGGCUAACGUUGUGCGCCAAACGGCAGACUCGCUUGGCCGAUACCCACGCCUACGUGAGGAAGUCGAACGGAUUGUCGUCUCGCAUAUGCGCGAGAAGGAGCAGUACGCCAAAAACCAAAUCGGCUUCAUGGUAGAUUGCGAGCUGGCUUACAUGAAUACCAACCACGAGGAUUUCGUUGGUUUUAGCAAUGCUGAAGCCAAAGCCUCAGCCUCGACCGCCAAGAAAAACCUUGGCAACCAGGUGAUCCGAAAAGGAUGGCUAUCAGUCCAUAACAUUUCGUUUGUCCGUGGAUCCAAGGAUUGCUGGUUUGUGCUGACAUCUGAAAGUCUCUCCUGGUACAAGGAUGAUGAAGAAAAAGAAAAGAAAUACAUGAUGCCACUUGAUGGUAUCAAGCUGCGCGAUCUGGAAAGCGGUUUCAUGUCCCGCCAACACAAAUUUGCCCUGUUCUAUCCGGACGGAAAAAAUAUCUACAAGGAUUACAAGCAGCUCGAGCUGGGAUGCGCGAACCUUGAUGAUGUUGAUGCCUGGAAGGCGUCCUUCCUGCGCGCUGGCGUAUAUCCAGAAAAGCAAAAGCUUGCCGAGUCAGAGUCCGAGCAGCAAGAGGAAUCGAUGUCUUCGAUGGAUCCACAAGUGGAACGUCAAGUGGAAACCAUUCGGAACCUGGUCGAUUCGUACAUGUUAAUUGUAACGAAGACAAUUCGGGAUCUUGUGCCCAAAUGUAUCAUGUUGCUCAUCGUCAACCAGGUCGGCGAAUUCCUGGACAACGAAUUGUUAGCCCAUCUCUAUCAAUGUGGCGAUACAGAUGCUCUGAUGGAAGAGUCACAAAGUGAAGCUCAAAAGCGUGAGGAGCUGCUGCGAAUGUAUCAGGCCAUCAAGGACACGCUCAAAAUUAUUAAUGAGGUGAAUCUGAGCAACAUUGACGUCUCUAACAUGAGCGCCGCCCUUCCCACCCCGGCGGCCGAUUAUCGGAAUGGGCCAAGCCCAACGAUGGGCAAUCGAGCGGCCCCAGCCCCGCCGGGACCCGGGAUGAACCGAAACGCUCCGAUGCCUCCCCGCCCUGGCCAGGGUGGCCCUCCACCACCAGGAAUGCGUGGCCCACCACCACCCGGUGGAAUGCCUCCAUCAAUUCCUCACCGAGGAACAACACCGACGAAUGGCCAAAUGCCGCCCAUCCCAAAGCGUCCCUUCAUUCCUCCUCGACCA